AGGAUGAGAGCCUCUGUCAUUCACUGAAAUAAUUUGAGUUGAACGAAGUCUUCGAUAAUCGUAAUAUCCUGUGUUCCCUUCGUUUAGUUCAAAUUCAAUUUAUAACUGUUUCAACGGUGCAAAGUGUGAGAAGUUAUAAAUGCGAGUUGCAGUUUGAACAUUACAAUUCGUCGGACACUUGCAUAAAUCGGACGUUUUUAAACUUUGCAUUUCUUUGUUCGCGGUGUAUAAGGAACCAUGGAAGUUGAAAACAAAGCUACCGAGAUCCGCUGCCAGGAGAUGUCAAAGGGCGGUCUGGCGUACGAGGUGAUCCUGGCUGAGCCGGUGGGUGUGCCCGCGCCCCGCCGCGCCGACUCCCCGGAGAAGACUCCUUCCGUCGAGGAGAUCCAGGAGAAGCUCAAGGCUGCUGAGGAAAGGAGACGUAGCUUGGAAGCAAGCAAGAUGGCUGUGAUCGCACAGAAGAUGGCCAAGAUCGAGGAGGCGUCGCGCAUCCGUAGCGAGCAGACCAACAACUUCAUCUGCACAACUAAGGAGGCGCUCGAUGCCAAGAUGGACUCGCAUGAGGAGAAGCGCGAGGCUUAUAUCAGCGAGCUGCGCGCUCGCCUCAAGGACCACCUCGAGGGCGUCGAGAAGACCAGGUUGUCCCUGGAGCAACAGACGGCGGAGGUGUACAAGGCGAUCGAGGAGAAGAUGAACACAGCCGCCGACAAGCGUGAUGAGAACAUCAAGAAGAUGCUGGAGCGCCUGCGUGAACAUGAGGAGCAGGUGCAGAAGGUGCGUGAUGGCAACCGGGAGCGGUUCCAGCAGCUGGAGAGCGCCAUCCAGGAGAAGCUGCAGCAGGCCGCAGAGCGCCGCCUCCAGCUCGAGGCCGAGCAGAAGGAGAAGCUGCGCAACCACAACAAUAAGCUAGCGGAGGUGCGCUCCGUCAUCUCCGCCAAGAUGGAGGAGAUCACCAAAGACAUCGAGGUAAAGCUCACCACCGCAGAGCAGAAUAGGGAAAAGGAGAUACAAAAGAAAUUGGACUUUGUUAAAAAGGAGGAGCGACGCGCCGAGCUUGUGCGACAGAACAAGAACGCGCGCGCCGAGACCGAGCCCGCGCCCACAUCGGGCUAGGCGCCGCGCCCACAUCGGGCUAGGCGCCGCGCCCACCUCGCCGUCUGCUGCCGCCACACACAACAUACAACCACGCAACCCCACAACACCACAACCCCACACAACACAUCUACUCUACACCACAACCCCACAACUCAACAACACAACACAACAACACAACCCAACAACUCACAAGCCAGGACCGCAUCGAAACACAAAAAUACCAAAUACACAAAGUAAAAGGAACUUGCCGUAGACUAAAUACGAAGUAAAACUCAUCCUAGUACUUAAAGCAAGUGCGUUCGGGGUUUUUGUGUAUCGAUGUACUCGAAUGUAUGGAGAACUGGACCUUUAAUGUAAGACCUUACGGUCCAAGUUGUAGAGGAGUGGGUCCGUGACGUCACCACACGCACACGCACUGCAGCUGCAAGGAAACGGUGCUGUUGAUCCACUUGAGACUGAAAAUUAUUUUAAAUCUCUUAUUAAGUUUGUAUUCAUUUAUUUUAUAUUAUUUUUCUGAAUGUUCCUAUUAUUUUAUCAUGAAUUAUAUAACUCGUGUUAUGUAAAAAUGUACGCGCGGCACUUUUCCUUGGCAUUUGAAGUUCGUAAAUGAAUUGACGGCAGCUUUACGGUAUGUCGAGUAUGGUACAAGGCCAGUAAGGCACUAGUAACAGUUUACUAAUUAAUGUAUAAGAAUUUAAUUACCGUAGCACACUGAGACAUUCUAUUUUUAAAGUUACACCUAAGCUAGCUGUUGAAUUGCUAAUUGUUUCAAGUUAUUUAGUGAAAAUUACUAGUGUGUUAAGGCCCUUAGAUAUUUGUAUCUUUAUGUAAGGAAGAGUAACGAUGCAGUGACGAUGUUGGCUGGGCCAGUAGGGAAUGGUAUAGUAUGCGGGGCGGCAGUCGUUUAUAUAUUUUUAUUUAGAACCCCCCGCGGGGUGCUUUUUUUGGCUCAACUUAUUUCCUCUUA